CUGCCGGCCCAGGCCUGCCGGCGAACAAAUGUCAAAUUGUUUGUUUACAAAUUCUAAACGGCGUGCUUCUCUAUAAAAUUUGCUAAACGAUUUAUUUUGUUUAUAAUUAAUGCUAAAAUGAGUUUUCUGAAGCCAAAAGACCUAAUUGAAGAGGGUGACACAGUGAUACUCUACCUUACUGUUAAUUCAAUGCAUGCAAUCCAAGCGACUCCAACCAUAGUAAACAAGAAAGGCGAAACAAUUGAAUAUAUAUUCCAAACGUCAUACGGUGCAUUAAAAGUGCGAAACUUAAUUGGAGUCGCCUAUGGCAGUCGAGUGGAACUAUCCAAAGGCUGGGCUUAUGUAUUGCAACCAAAUCCAGAGCUAUGGACACAAACAUUACCACAUCGGACACAAAUCAUUUAUACACCUGAUAUUAGUAUGAUACUUUUUCAACUUGAGGUACGUCCUGGUUCGGUGAUUGUCGAAUCAGGUACAGGUUCUGGUUCGCUGUCGCAUUACUUUUUGCGUGCCAUAAAACCACAUGGCCAUUUACACACAUUCGAUUUCCAUGAAGCGCGAGUACAACAAGCACGGGAAGAAUUUGAGCAACAUGGCUUAGGUGAAUUCGUUAGUGUUUAUCAUCGUGAUGUAUGUCAAUUGGGUUUCGGCAAUGAAUUGGAAGGAAAAGCGGAUGCAGUAUUUUUGGACUUGCCAGCCCCACAACUAGCCGUACCUUUUGCUGCGAAAACACUAAAGGCAGAGGGUGGACGGUUUUGCUCUUUUUCGCCUUGUAUUGAACAGUCGCAACGGUGUUGCAUUGCUCUACAAGAGCAUGGUUUUACAGAGAUUCGAUCAUUGGAAGUACUGCAACAGGAGCAUAUUGUUAAAACCAGAACAAUUCCAGUACUGGAUUUAGAGUUCCUUAAACAUAAGAAGCCCGUUUCUCAGAAAGCGGAUGAGCCCAACACUGAUACAGCUAAUGAAAAAACCGGACCCGCUAAAACGCCUAAAGAAACGAAGAAAUUGCUUACGUGUUCAACGCCUCCAACGCUACCAGGACAUACUGGUUAUCUGACAUUUGCCACUCUGCUCCCAGCAUUUGUGCGAUAGUACUAUAAGAAUAAUAGACGAAAAUUAUGACAAAUAUUAAAUAUCGAGAAAGAAUUAUGCUGUACUAAGAACCAAUAAUAAAUAUGAUGUAUGUAUCAAAGUAAAAAUA